AAUAUAAAUGGAAAAAACAAUCAUCAUAGAAAACAUAAAACUAAAAGUUUAGAAAUGGUGCCAUCUUCCCCAGCAUCAAGCAUUGAUAGCAGCGAGGAUCAAGUUUAUAAAUCAGUUAAAUGUAAUGAUGGUAGCGAAUGUCCAGCUUUAAAUACCUGUUGUUUAAUUAGCGAUGGUUCAUAUGCCUGUUGUCCAACUCCAAAUGGUGUUUGUUGUAAUAAUAACCAUUGUUGUACUCAAGGUUUCCAUUGUGGAUCAGGUGGCAAUAUUUGUAUCCCAGGUUCAAAGGGAUUCAGAUUUUAA